CUCCGGACUUCGUUCAAGAUGCUGCUCUUCCUCCAUUCGGUCCCCGUUCUAUUGGUCAGCUCAGCGGCAGCCAUUCUUCUCGGGACGAUCGUAUACAGACUCGUCUUCCACCCUCUCGCGAACAUCCCAGGACCGAAAAUCGCAGCAAUCACGAGAAUAUGGCUGGCAUACCACUCUCGGAAGGGAAAUAAUCAUGAAUUUGAACCUGCGCUGCAUAGAAAGUAUGGGCCGGUUGUUAGGAUCUCGCCGAAUGAGGUUAUGGUUUGUUCGGAGCAGGGGGUGAGGACAACUUAUAGUGCAGGAAGCCUCUUCAUAAAAGCACCCUGGUACCAAGUCUGCGCAGCCCCUGAUUCCCGCCGCAAAGGCGUCGAGCGCUUCGAUCUAUUCACCGAAAUGGACAAAGAGCGUUACCGUUCUCAACGUCGAGCUAUCGGACCUGCAUAUUCGAUUGCCGGCAUGGAAAAACACGAACAUCUCCUCAACACUUACCUUGCCAAAUUCCUCGCCAAGAUGAGAAGCUUGAAUGGAGACUGGAUAAGUCUGUCAGAAUGGAUGCAUAUUUUUGCUCUGGACGCCCUAUCUACGUUUACGGUGAGUAAGAGUGUUGAUUAUACCAGUCAGGGGAAUGAUGGUGAGAAUAUGGUGGCGAGUGAUAAACAUUGGGGGUAUUUCACUGUUGUCGGCUUAUUUCCAUGGAUCGUGUAUAUCACGCAGCGGAUUCCGAGAUUUAGCAUGAUCCUCAUGGUACCUGUCAGCUUGGUACUAGGCUUGAAGAUCCCAACUGGCUUGCCUAUUUUCCGCUUUGUCGUCCCUAAUAUCAUCACCAGACUCUCGAAACUCGAAUCCACAGCUAGCGCGAGAAUGCCGGCUGAUCGUCCGGGCUUGGAAACUUCGAGCGAUGGGCCAAAAGAUUUGCUAGCCAGUCUAAUGCAACUUCACACCUCUAAAGGAGCGCGUUUCCACCCAUCCUGGGUACUCGGCAUCGCAAUCACCAACUUCGGCGCUGGACAUGACACCAUGGCCAUCACCUUAUCUUCCUGUGUUUACCAAAUUGCCUCGAAUCUCGUUGCGAAGGAGAGACUAGUAAAAGAGCUCCGCGAGGCGGGAAUUGGCCAAGGUACUGGAUACACCGAGACCGUAAACCGCAUCCCAUACCUCUUGGCCUGUGUCAAGGAAGCUAUGCGUAUGAACCCAGCCAUCGGCGCCUCAAUGCCUCGAAUUGUCCCUGAGCCUGGGGUAACCUUCGCCGGCCACUACUUGCCCCCUGGUACCACGGUUGGUGUGAAUCCUUGGGCGUUGCACUACGAUCCCACCAUCUUCUCCUCACCCGAAGAGUUCCAACCGGAGCGCUGGCUCUCCAAUGGCACUGAAGAUGACAAGAGCAGAAUCGGGCGCAUGGAUGCUUGUUGGUUGGGCUUUGGCGGCAGGAGUCGUAGUUGUCCAGGACAGUAUCUUGCGAGGUUUUUUGUGGUCAAGGCGCUUGUAGGGAUGUUUGGAGUUGGCGGGUUUAAUGUUGAAGUUCGCGGAGAACCAGAGUUUAAAGGGUGGUUUAGUGUGCAUAUGAAUGCAAGGACGGAGGUCAGGUUUGCGGUGAGGAGAUAG